AGAUGAGGUCACUGAGGCACUGGAAAGUGUCUGAUCCUCUGGUAUCUUUCCCAGCGCUUGGCACGUAAUAAAUACCCUUGGCAUGAACAUUUGGCCCAACUUCCAUUGGCUAGUUUUAGAAUGGCACUUUGCUUAGAAAAAAAAAAAGACAGCUUAAAGCGCAAACCAUAUUUAGCACCCACUGAGAAUAUGAAGCCUCAACAGCUAUUAAGACUAUGCAACUCCCAAUCCAGUUACAUUUAACCUGUGAAUAACAACCAGGAAAAAAACUUCUCCAACAGUAUUUAACCAAAAGUAGUCCCAGACAAAGAACCAAAUUGAAUAGAGAGGCUCCCUGAAGAAGUCCGGUUAAAAACUUGAUAAAAGAUUGAGCUAGGCAGCUCAAUAAGGAAUUCCCUAAAUAUUCCUAAUUUGGUUAUGGUUAUUUUAUGGUAUUAAACGCUUACUGUGUGUGAGCACUGAAUUUUAUGAUAUGGUAUAACUGGGGGUAGACCGAUCGUAGGGGACUCCUUGGAUUUUACUCCUAGUAAAACGUACCAAGAAAAGGGGAAGAGAAAGUAAUCGUGGUUACCUCCUUUGAGUUAAUUUAUGGUUUCAAUCGGAGAAUAGUAUUUUUAAUUUUGAUUUUAAAAAAUGUUGGACUAGAUUCUCGCUUUUGGAUGAGUUUCUGUGGCACGUCUUGACUUGACAGAUCCCGGGGACAGCGGCCUAGAACUCAACUGGGCCUUUAAGCUCACUGUGGACAGGGAACGUAUCUACCACCUCUGUUAUUCUGUACUUUUCCAAGUGCGAAGUACAGUGUUCUGCACACCGUAAGGGCUCAAUAAUCGCCAUUGAUUGAUUUAUUGAAAUAGGUAUGUUUCAGGACGAGGAAACUUAUCAGCGGUUUCCUCUUUUUUUAAUAGAACGAGCCCACCAUACAGCCCCAGUUGCUGUUAUUGACGGCAGAGAGAGAACUAGUGCUCUUGGGUGAAUUAUGUGAUGGUCGCUAUUCUGCUGCCGACGUACAAUAAAGCGACCUAAUCUGGUUCUCCGCUUUGUCCACCUCAACCAGGAGCGUGCCUGGUGGCCGCGUGCCCUCCUUCCCCGGAGAAGCGACCUGGAUUGGUUCUCUGCAGUCAGGGCAUUUGCCGAAAUCAAUAUCCCGGAGUGGGCUGUGGAUAACAACUGGAGGCCUCCACUAAUGCCAUCCCUUUCUGCAGCAUUCCCUUCAGGUGCUGCUUUUUAGCCCCAGGAACGAAAUCAGUCCACUACCUACUUGGGUCAGAAAUGAGUAUAUGAAAGCGAGGAAAAAUCCUCUCUGAAACGCAUGCGCCCCGUCGUGAAGUCACACUUUUCAGUGGUUAUCUAAAAACAUACCGUAGACUACAGAAUCAAAAGAUAAAACCCCCCUUCAUCUGACGAGAGUUAGCCUGGCAAUGCUUCCAGCUAAAUAGAAAACAUAGUGGUUGAAAAAGAGGUGCCAAAGAGGGAUUGUCUUGGUUUAUAGUCUUCCAGAAUCAACACUAUUCAGCCAUUGAUUUUGUUACAGUAAAAACGAUUCAAGUUGGGGAAAUGAAGCAGUUGAAAAGGAAAAGGAAAAGUAAUUUUAGCGUGCAAGAAACUCAGACUCUUUUGAAAGAAAUCAGAACACGGAAAGACGUCAUUUUCUCCAAGCAGCUGAAUACGACAAUUAAUGAAAUGAAACGGAAAGCUUGGGAGGAAAUUGCCGAGUGUGUGAAUGCGGUAGGAGAAGGAGAGCAAAGAACGGGGACGGAAGUGAAAAGGAGGUAUCUGGAUUGGAGAGCUCUCAUGAAGAGGAAGCAACUGAAAGCCAACAUAAAGCUGGUCGGUGCCGGAUACCACUUCCCUUCGUCUGAUUUAGAUGACUCUCUUACUGAGGAGAUAGAUGAAAAGAUCGGUUUUAUCAAUGAUUCGGGUUUCGAUUGGCAGAAUAUGGCUGAUUUCAAGGAAGCAGGUGGAUCUUUGACCGAAGUCAAAGUGGAAGAGGAGGAGAAGGACCCACAAAGCUUUGAGUUUGAGAUCGAGGAGGAAGAAGAAAUGUUGUCAUCUGUCAUGCCCGAUUCCAAAAGAGAAAAUGAACUUCCUGACUUUCCCCACAUUGAAGAGUUUGGUACCCUUAGUUGCGCCCAAGCCAGAUCUUCCUUCGACGACUCCCAUUUACUGGUAAACCUGGAGAAACAGAAGCUCGAAAUGGAAAAACAGAGGCUGGACAUCGAGGCCGAGAGGUUGCAGGUGGAGAAGGAACGCCUGCAGAUCGAAAAAGAGAGACUGCGGCAUUUAGACAUGGAACAUGAGAGAAUUCAGCUGGAGAAGGAGCGGCUGCAAAUUGAGAGAGAGAAACUGAGGCUGCAGGUGAUGCAUGCCGAAAAACCCAUCUUGGAGAAUGAACUCGGCCAAGGGGAAAAGCCAGUGUUUCAGCCCCUGGACAUUGAAACAGAAAAGCUUAAACUUGAAAAAGAACGUUUGCAACUGGAAAAAGAUAGGCUCCAGUUUUUAAAAUUUGAAUCGGAGAAGCUGCAGAUAGAAAAGGAACGCUUACAAGUGGAGAAAGAGCGACUUCGAAUUCAGAGGGAGGGGCAUUUGCAGUAAAUUUUCUGAAAGUCAAAAACCAUGUGUAGUGUCUUUCGAUGUUGGUACUUUCCUUCAAAUCGGUUAAAACUGAGAUGGUUGCCGUGUUAGCUGUUUUUUCUUGCGAGUCUUAUGUCUGUGUUGAAAAAAAGAAUGUGGGGGGGUAAAUCAGUGUGCCUAGGUAGUAUGUAUAUGGGUCUUAAACGUGAUACAGCUUUUAAUUGUAAUCGAAAUAAGUGUGAUGUUCUCUUCAUUCAGUAAGGUCACUUAUUGUGUAAUCCGUGUGCUUAGAGCUAACGAGCACCGCUCUAGAAACAUCCAGACUGUAUACUUGUACCGUUACAGAACAACUGUGCCCUGAAAUUAAGGGUGAUGUGGUAAUGAUGCCACAUGGAAUUUGGUGGAAAGGUGCGUAAAUGACCAAGAGCAUUAAAUGUAUAGGUGGAAACCCGUAGUUCCCUUGCAGUGUGUUGGAUUCAUGAUCUAAUAAUAACUUCUUUUUUCACAUC